GUUUCGGCGAAUCGUGAACAAUGGUGUCUCGUUUAUCGCCAGGCUGUUUCUAGUAUAUGGUAAAGGACGACACUUGUACAUUUGUUUGGAAAAUCGAUGUUGACAGAUACAAACAUGGCGUCGCGUCCGUUAGAAUUCCACCCAAUAAAAACGUGCGAGACAUGUGGGAAGAAUGAUCUGAUGACACAAGAGGCCCUGCGGCAGCACGUGACCGACAAGGAGGACAAUUACCAUCAAGGUCCUGACUCCUAUCCCAUCGUCUGCGCCUGCGGAAGGAGAUUUAUGACGGCAGAGGAAAUUACCACGCAUGGUGGAGAGUGUCCUCUCAAAAUGGAUAUGCACUUACAAGGACAUUCCGCCAGUGAGCCGGCAAGAAACAAUGUUGGACACGAGUAUUUGAGAAGGAGUUUGAAUGACUACUUCGAACAACAUGUCAAACUCGACCAAAACGAAAUGAGACAUGCGAAGCAGGUUGCCAAGGAGAUUAGUGAACACCUCCUGGACUACCUGAAGACCAGGUUUGAAUUUAAGAAGAUGAAUCUGGGGGAAAUCGAACCCGUGGGUAGUUCAUUCGACGGCCUAAAAGUGGCACCAGCAGAUGAAUUUGACAUGAUCAUCCCCAUCAAGCUGUAUGCUUUUGACUGGGAACUCAUUGACGGGAGGAAAGCUGUGGUCGACGGGAGAAGGCUCAAAAAUGCCCAAGGCUUCUGGCUCAUCAAGAAAAAAACAACAACGCGAGAAACAACAAUGGAUCCGUAUUUGGUCCACAGAGAAGAUGGCGACUACAUUGCCCCUGGCAACGUCAUCCGGGACCUUCAGAGAAAAAUCCACAAAAUCAUACGCAAGUUCAAACAUCCCGAAGGCGUUGAGAAAGUUAAGGCAGGCGUGAAAGGUCCGUCUUUGUACGUGCAAGUCGAAUACACCAGCACGCUCCGUAGCGCAAUGACGAAAUUUGACCUUGACUUUGUGCUAGAGGUCAGGGUCGGCGACGCACCUGACAUCCCCAAACUGGUUGCUAAGCGACACCCGUCCAUCACACAGCAAGGUUUCCUUGGAGAUAACCCAAUGGCGUUGCUGUGGCAGGAGUCAAGCGCGAUUAAGGAAUCGUUGAGGAUUCGGGAGAUUCGGGAAGAAGGUCCAUUUGACUGUCGCAAGAAGUGCUGGAAGCUUGUCAAGGCCUUAGCGAUGAAAAACAAGCACCUUGGCAGCUUGUGCACAUAUUUCUACAAGACACUGUUCCUCCAUCUCCUUGAUGCGAUACCCAACGACGCUGACUGGUAUGAGGCGAGAUUGGCCGAUAGGUUUCUGGACGUGUUCAAAAAGAUGGAGAAAGUCCUACACCGGAAGUGGAUGCCUUUGUACUUCACACGUGAUGUCAACAUGCUGUUGCCUAGAUACGAUGAGAUGCAGGUGGAGAAUGUCUACUAUUACGUCCGCAAAAUGAACGCGGAGGGUUCCCACUUGCAGCUGUUUUACGGAGGGCCGUCUUCAACCGAGAAAAAGAAGGAGAAAGUUUUCACGGUUUAUUCCAGGCAGCGAAAGCAAAAGGCGCAAGAUGGCGGUGCUGCAGCACGUCCCAAGACAACCAAUCCGAAGUCGCGUAAACGUAAAUCAGCCCCAGCAAAGAAGGGGUCAGCGAAGCCUGCCUCAACAAAGCAGGCCAAGAGCAAACCAAAGGCAACGGUCGUGAACCUUGAUAGUGUGGACCUUUCCGGCUUUGGAGAGCCCGUCUACGAAUAUACGGAUGACUUUGAAGACUACGGCGUUGCCUAUGAUGAAUAUGAUGACUAUGCUGACGAAUUUUUCUAACCAGAGGUCACAGACUUACAAUUCGUAGCCAGGUCUCCACGGGGUUAGUUCAAGUACUGUACUUCAUCUGUGUCCCACUUUACUUAUAACUUCAGUCCUGUGGCGGAGAUGAAGCGGCUUGUCGUUUCGAGGUCGUGCUGUGUUCGUCAUAGUUUUCCCCCGACAGUGGUGUCUGCGGGCCAGAAUUUUUGUCGUAAAUCCUUGUGCAGAGGUGCGGUCUUGUGGCUGCACAGCUGUCUGGCCGAGUGCUGUGCAAACACAUCGUACUUUUUGCAGAUUUCCAGUUAGGGAAGGAUCUUGGUUUUGCGACUUGUGUUUCAGCUUUCAAAGACACGGAGGGGAAACGCCCAGAAACGGCCGGGAACAAAAAGUAUCAUAUCGCGUUUAUUACGAAAAUAUUAGUGCAUUCCAAGGUCGGAAAUCCUGUAGUACAUCGAACAUUAUGAAUACAGGUUGUUUUGCUAAUACAUUUAGUUAGAAAUUCUUUAUUAUUUGUGAGAUGGAGAAACGUCCCUCAAUUUUGUUUAUGUUCUACGCAAACAGCUGAAAUCAUGUUGCAGUAGAUUCUACAUGUAUUUGAGUCGUAAUUAUUUGUACAACUUCUAUGUACAAAACUUCGCCGUUAUUUUGA